CGUAGAUCGUGCAGAACUUGUGCUCGUGUCCGGAUUCGUUUACACUUCCAAAUCGUGCUUUCGGUCGUGGCAACAUGCUCUGUAGCUUAUGCUAAAGCAGCGAAGAGAAACAAUAGAGGAAACUACUCCUGCAGGGAAUCCAUUGGAGAAAAGUCUCCGAAGUAGAGCACCCUUUUUUUGAAGCCACUUAUUCCCAAGUAACAAAAUGCCGUUGCGCGGUUUCGUCAACCACCAGGAGGUUCCUCCCCUUGCAGGGGAAGGCGACUGGGCCUUGGCGCUUGCAGUUCUGAAGCUUGGCGUUCUCGUUCUUUCAGUUGGUUACCUGAGUUUCAUGACGCAGGUCGCGUUCACCUGGCGAUCUUCGAAGCAGGGCGGCCUGUUUGCACCACUGCGAAAAGCGGCGGAGCGGAUCAUGCAACGAUUGCCGUAAGUGAAUGUGUUUCAAGAUGCUGGCGUUUUUGUUGAAACUCAUGUGUAGUCCCCUAUACUUCUUCUCGUCCUUAAAUGAUAGCAGUUUCACCCAUACCUGCAUCCCACUUUUACAAUUUGUGUUUGCAGAUCCAGAUUUAGAUUUUGGAUUUCCCCCAUCAAAAAACCUCUUCAACCAGGUUUCUUCGUCGCAUCCGGUCUUUGAUCGUGGCUCCGUGCGACGAUGGUGAACUUCUCUUCGGUGGGGUUCGCUGUCUGGAUCUCGUUGUGUCCGACGAGGAAGGCGAUGAUUUUCUCCCAGCAAAACACAACGACAACCAGGAAAAAUCGCACCUCUUCAACAGCCCUCUCGCCCCACUCCCCCACCAAUCCAGUGAGCAGGCGAAGGACAUGUUGAAGACGCGGCGCCCGAUCGGGGUGCAGUCGAUCACCGGCGCAGACGGCGUGAAGCGCGCAGUUUUCUACAGCCGCUCGCAGAAUUCCUCACCCGUGAAAGGAUCUUCAUCUUCUUCCAGCGGCUCGGUCGAAAUCGAAAUGGACGCACUGAUUGCAGCAGCGGCAGCAAAGAACAGUCAGCAGAAAACCCCAGAAAGGACCACGAAGAAGAAAGCGCAGAAGGCCAGCGGCAGCAAGGAGGCAGCGCUGGGAUCGGGGAAGAGUCAGGUGAAAUCGAAGGAAAUGCUGGAGGUGGACACUGCGCUGGAUGUUGACAACUCUUGCUCGGUCGACGAAGUAGAAGAUGAUCACAAGGCACUGUUGGGGAAUACAAAAACAUCCGCGGAGAAGAACGAAGCAAUGAAAAACAACACGACUACCCCGAAGGAAAGUGUCCAGCUCUACACGCCCCCUUCCCGGACGCGCUGCACCAUGGAGAAGUACGCGAGUCUGAAGUACAGCUCUUUCGCAAGCGGUCGCUCCCCCUCUUCGUCCGUGCUGCUAGCGGCACUUUCCUCGCAAACGGAGGAAGUUUCCCCGCCGACCUUCGAACAAUCGCCGAAAACGGAGAAAAUGCUGCCGGGCAGUGUGGAGUUUUUGGACAAGAAUGGCAGUGCCCGGAACUUCAGCACCCGCCCGGGAUCCACGACGGUCGGGCGGGGAACGGCCUCGGGUUCGAAUUCCGCGGGAGCGGGGGGCAUGAGCCCGUCCCGGAGUCGCCGGACGCGCAUUUCGCCGAUUGACUUUGACCACGCGCAGCCGUUCUCGAACGGGUUGGAGAAGUCGGGGAAGAACAACAGUUUGGGGUUUUUCGUGUAAGAACGGAGUGUUUUGAGUAAGAAUUUGAUACGAGGAUCCCGGUGGGAUCGAGGCAUAAUCAGGUUUUUUCUAAAUUUGGAAUAGUCGCAGUACCAUUCUGGGGCGUGGUCUGAAACGCAUGUUUACAUAGUUGCUUUUAUUUACUUGUAGUGGGUUCUUGAUGUAGCUUGUUUCAUAACUUUUCACAUCCUUGCAUCGGAAUUUUUGACACCGUUAUUCUCGUAAACCUUUUCACAGAAAUUGUAUACCAUGAUUUUCGGCAUAUUGGAGUUAUCAGAGUACAAUGUACAAAUUGUUUGAAAUGCUGCUACCGCCACACGGCUGUCUUUAGAUCCGAGAUCGUCUUGCAUAAUAUCGGGCGGCACCCUCCGGACAGGGUUUCGUUCAGAUCAAGAAGACGCACACUGCUUGUGAGGCAUACAUCAUUCUACGAGGUACCCGAAUCGCCAGAU